CCUCUUCUACCCCACAGUCCCUCCUGCUCCCCCAGCUGCUGUUGUGUCCUGCCUGGCUGCCCGGUGUCUGCUACACUGCUCCCCGCUCUGCCCGCUCCUUCCCCGGACCCGAAGCCCGCCUCGGCUACCGAACUCCCAGUGAAUGCACUAGCCAGCAAGCAUGACAGGCAUCGCCGCCGCGUCUUUCUUCUCCAACUCCUGCAGGUUCGGGGGUUGUGGGCUACAGUUCGAGUCUCUGGCCGAGCUAAUCGUCCACAUCGAGGACAAUCACAUCGACACAGAUCCUCGCGUUCUGGAGAAACAGGAGCAACAACAGCCCACCUACCUGGCCCUGAGCUACAUCAACAGGUUUAUGACGGACGCGGCACGUCGGGAGCAGGAGACCCUGAAGAAGAAGGCCACACCCAAACUUUCCCUGUCAAUCACAGGUGGCGUGUCUCGGAACAGCGUGGCCACACCUCCACGGCACAGCAAUGGCAACCUGACCCCCCCCGUGACUCCUCCCAUCACACCCUCCUCCUCCUUCCGUAGCAGCACGCCCACAGGCAGUGAGUAUGAUGAUGAGGAGGUGGACUAUGAGGAGUCAGACAGUGAUGAGUCCUGGACCACAGAGAGUGCCAUCAGCUCCGAGUCUAUCCUCAGCUCCAUGUGUAUGAACGGAGGAGAGGAGAAACCAUUCGCCUGCCCUGUGCCUGGCUGCAAGAAGAGAUACAAGAAUGUGAACGGUAUUAAAUACCAUGCCAAGAACGGCCACCGGACACAGAUCCGUGUGCGGAAGCCCUUCAAGUGCCGCUGUGGGAAGAGCUACAAGACGUCCCAGGGCCUGAGACACCACACCAUCAACUUCCACCCGCCUGUCUCCGCCGACAUCAUCCGCAAGAUGCAGGGCUAGAAAAAAACAAAAAACAUUUCCCUAUUCCUCACCAGCACUCCCAACCCCAACCACCCCACACUUUUUCAAUGUCAAUAUCCACCCCACCUUGACCAACCAACCAAAACAUAUCCCUAUGCCUUCUGGCCCAACCUUAGGGAUGACAACCCAAACCCCUAUCCCUUCUGGCCCAACCUUAGGGGUGACAACCCAAACCCCUAUCCCUUCUGGCCCAACCUUAGGGGUGACAACCCAAACCCCUAUUCCUUCUGGCCCAACCUUAAUAUGCUGACCACACCGCCCACGUUGCAAAAUAAAUGUACAGAUCCAUGUUAUUCAGUCAUUACACCCACACUGCUGGUGUCUGUUCUAUUUGUGAUGCUUAACACACUGCAAGUCCCGCCUCUCCCAUCUCAUUGGUUUUUAGGAGCAUAUGCUCACGUGGGUGAUUGAAAGAUGAACUGAGGUCCACACUCCAGUCCAGUCUGUUGUGGUAAUGCGCCUUAAAGUUGGUUGCCAAGCGCCAUAUAAAAUCAGAAAAAGAAGUCUGAAGGAGGAGAGAUUACUAGAAACUAACUCGGUUUAGCCUUUUAUCUAUGGAUUAAUUGUCAGAGGAGAGGACCUUGUGCAUUUCAGGUAAAAUAACAACCCAAUGUUUAUAUCCCAGGACAAAUUAGUUAACAGUAAGCUAGCUAGCUAUUGGCAAAAAUGUUGAAUACUUUUCGACCUGUCCCCAAAUUAAUAUAGUUGGUCCAUGGUUUGUUUUGAUAUUUCAACCUGCGUGUCCUGAUUAGCGUCUGGUGUGGGGGGACAAAAUCGACAUGCGAUGACGCACAUGCGGUCUGGUCAGCAUGUAACCUUAAGGGUGACAACCCAAACCCCUAUCCCUUCUAGCCCAACCUUAGGGGUGACAACCUAAACCCCUAUCCCUUCUAGCCCAACCUUAGGGGCGACAACCUAAACCCCUAUCCCUUCUAGCCCAACCUUAGGGGUGACAACCCAAACCCCUAUCCCUUCUAACCCAACCUUAGGGGUGACAACCUAAACCCCUAUCCCUUCUAGCCCAACCUUAGGGGUGACAACCUGAACCCCUAUCCCUUUAGCCCAACCUUAGGGGUGACAACCUGAACCCCUAUCCCUUUUGGCCCAACCUUAGGGGUGACAACCUAAACCCCUAUCCCUUCCUCCCACACACUAAAGGAUCUAGUGCAUGCUUUAACUUGUUUAUGUCUUGUAUUAUGUUCUUUGGUUUUCACAUGUUACUCUCUCUUAUUUUAAUAAUAUGCAUCUUUAUAGGCUUUUUUUGUUGUUUGUACAUUUGCACAUUCUUCUGCUAUCCCAACUAUUUCCGUGACUUUUUGUAUUGACAUACGGUGCUAACAAAAUGAAAACAAAGAAAAGAAAAAGAACGAAAAAACAAAACAGAAGAAGAAGAAGAGAGGAGGAAGGUGUGGAUGUUGAGUUGGAUUAUACAGUCUAUAUAUAGAUAUAUAAACAAUAGAUGUGUGUAUAUAUAUACAAAUAUAAGUAUUCAUCAGCAUAUACUAAGUAGUUCCACUUUACUUUCAAGCUUUAUUUUCUUAUAUUCUUUUUCGAUAUAUUUUCCAGAUAUUAUUUUCUUUUGAUAUUUCAUCAAUAAGUUUUUUUUCUUCCAUUCCUCAACCCCGAGACAACCUGUUCUGUUGUCACAGGUCAAACUUUAAACAGCUAGGUGACCUCCGGUCUAGAUAUCCCCAGCAGCAAAAACAAAGAGACUACGGCUUGAAUCCUAACUUCAGAUCUGCGUCCCUAAAUAUAUUUUUCACAGUUCUGAUUGAUUUUAAUGCACAUAUUUCAUGUUAGUGUUCAGCCCAAAUAGAGAAACAAGGAAACUAUUGCAUUUCUUCAUUCCCUCUGUUCUAGAACGGUUCUAUGAUUUCAGAAUGGAUUGUGCAUCCUGUAUUCUAGAAGGUUAUUCCAGACUGUAGUGUGAGCAGACCAGUUGAGGCAUCAUCCUGUAUUCUAGGUUAUUCCAGACUAUAGUGUAAGCAGACCAGUUGAGGCAUCAUCCUGUAUUCUAGGUUAUUCCAGACUAUAGUGUAAGCAGACCAGAUGAGGCAUCAUCCUGUAUUCUAGGUUAUUCCAGACUGUAGUGUGAGCAGACCAGAUGAGGCAUCAUCCUGUAUUCUAGGUUAUUCCAGACCGUAGUGUGAGCAGACCAGAUGAGGCAUCAUCCUGUAUUCUAGGUUAUUCCAGACUGUAAUGUGAGCAGACCAGUUGAGGCCUCAUCCUGUAUUCUAGGUUAUUCCAGACUGUAGUGUGAGCAGACCAGUUGAGGCAUCAUGCUCUAUUCUAUUCCAGUUGCCAAGUAUUGUUUCUGGUUACUUUUCCAUGAUCAUUGCCAACAGCUCUCUACUGCCAAACAUUUACAUGACCAUGUGCCUGAGGGGGGAGGGGGAGAGAGACUGUCAUACGGUUUCAUCAAAGAGGUGCGCAAGCGUGUCAAGAGAACACGGGUCUCAUUGCGCCUCCAGUGUGUGUGUGUGUGUGUGUGUGUGUCGAUGGUAUGUUUUGUUUUUGUGCAUGUGUUUGUCUUAGGGUGUAUCUCCAGAGAUUACACCUACAAAUUUUGAUUGCCUUGCGUUGUAGACUACAGCAUUCCAGUACAGUCUGUGUGAGUGUGUUGCUUCUUAGCCAAGUCUUUCUGCAGUAUCUGAGCUUUUCAGCUUCUUGUGUUAUUAUUCCGCCUUCUGUUACAGUCCUCCAUAGUGUUAUAAUAUACGGCUGUCUCAAAUGACACCCUAUUUUUGUAUACGGGGAAUAGUGACAUUUUAGAUGAGUCCUGUGUUUUAAAUGACACCCUAUUCCAUAAAGUGCACUACCUAUGGAAUGCCAUUUGGGAUAGUGUCAUAACCAGGACCUUGCCCAUAGCCUUCUGCUUUACAGAAGCAGUCUGAUGUACUGUCAAAUUGUGUCAAGGUAAGCAUGUUCUGGCCUAUUUGUGAUACCAUUCCUUCAGAGUACAGCAGAGUGGUGUAGUGUCAAAAAGUGGUGCCCGUUGGCAAAAUGUUACCCCGUGCCAGGCCCAAAAACAUUUCUAACCUGUUCUGUACUGUGAUAAUGGUCUGAGUCUGAUGGUACCCCAACACACACGCUUGACUGUUGCCAUAACAACCCUUGACAUGGGUGUGGCAAAGUGCACCUGUAUUCACAAAGCGUCUCAGAGUAAGUGCCUCGCUAAUAACAGAAGCCUUUGAAACCAUAAUGAAUACGAGCGGGGACCUGAUCCUAGAACACCACUCCUACUGAGACACUAUGUGAAUACAGGCCCAGCAUACGAGAAAGAGGAAGGUAGCAUUGUUUUUGAUUGUGGCUGUACAGAAUGCGAGUCUGACAGGUUUUCCGUACUUGGAAGCCUUGGCCCCAGCGCAUUUUGGCGAGGGGACAGAGACCAGAGUUCACCAGUUCGGGAUCUGUCAAACACUUAUACACCUGUCCUCUCCCUGCAGAGAUGCAGGUCACUAUGGUUACAGUUUAAAAGGGAGCCUGACAGUAUUACACCUGGGGGAUGUGAGGAGUACAGUACAAGCGUGUGUGAGGGGGACUUUUCCGAUAUAUUGUGUACAGUGAAUGUAUUGUAAUGUGUGUCAAGUGCGUUUAAAUGAUAUUUUCAUAUGUUAAGUGGAGAACAAUGUUUCCUAUUUGUACGGAGGCAACAGAGGGUGUGAGGAAGGAGACGUGUGUACUAUAUCAAACUGUUUCUACAUAAGCUGCUGCUUCAUAAAUGUGAACACUAUUACAUUACAAAUAAAGAGAACAUUAGCCAGAA